GUGCGCGAGGCUUCGCUACAACAGCGUUGGGCUCGAGCGUGCUCCCUCUCCUCUUGCAAGAGGGAAGCCAGUCGAACGCCGAGCGAGACAGCCGUCGCGGAAGCGAGCUUUUACGCCUCGUCCGCGCUCAUUCGUUUCCUACUUUUCGACUACUUCGCGACGAAUUUGGUGCGUUUCCUUUUGUUUUUGCUCCCGUCGUGUCUCUCUGGGUCAUGGCCGACAGCAGCAAACUUCACAACGCCGUCCGUCACGACAGAGGUCGGCUCAUUGCUCGUCUCGUCGCUGAAGGUACACCAGUGGACACGGUGGACGCGAAUGGCAACACGGCGCUGUUCGUGGCCAUCACCGACGGACCCGUCAGCGCCGUCCCACACCUGCUGCAGGCCGGCGCCGACCCGAACUUCCGGUGCAGCGGCGGUGCCACUUCGGUGCACGCUGCGUGCCGUCGCGGCAGUCGCGCCCUGUUGCAGCAGCUGCUCGACUGCGGCGGUGACCUGCGGCUGCGCGACGCCUCGGGACGCACGCCGCAGGACUGGGCGCUGGGACACGCCGACCCGCUCUGCAGACGGAAGCUGGUGGCCUUCAUCAACAACAAGCGUGCUCUGGCAUACCGUUUCGGCGACGCGGACGCCCUGCUGGACGAGGAGGCGGGCGGUGCCGCCAUGCUGGAAUCGGGGUCGCCAGGAGGCGCGGCGGCGGCCGCCUCACUGUCUCGCCGCCUGCUGGCUGGCCGACCCGCGGUUCCCCGUCGAAGGUCUGGGUGCACCGAGAAGAUUCGGGCCGGCGGAGGCUUCGGGGUGGUGUACUGCAGCCCCGCUCGGGAGACAGGUGUGACCACGUUCGUGCCGCUCAUUGCGAGCAACUACCUGUACAACUCGGAGGACAGCAACAUCACCUGGAGCGGACCCCAGUCGCUACUGCAGACCAUGUACUGGGAUAAAAUGAAAGUGUCGGUGAAGAAAUCGUCGCCAAGUGGCGGCCGCCACAACCGGGCCUCGGACGUGCUCAUCGCCGAGCUGGAGAAAGUGCGUCGUCUCACCUUCCACCCUCACUUGCUGUGGCCGUUGGCCGUGAGCCCCGUGCAGAACAUGGACGACGUGCUGCUCGUCUUCGAGUGCGUACACCUGGGCAGCCUUUUUGACGUGCUGCACGAUCGGGGAGGGCGCCGCCUGCAGGCCACCGCUGUCGUCAGCCGAGGCCGUCUGCUGCUGGUGAUGCAGCAGGUUUGCGAAGCGCUGCUGUUCCUGCACAGCAGGCGAUGGGUACACGGCUGCGUGUCAUCGCACUGCGUCUACCUGGUGGCGCCCUGCCUCGGAAAGCUCGGGAACUUCGAGUUCCUGCAGAGGAGUGAGCAGGCAGCAGGAGGAGGAAGCCGUGCUACUGCUUCGUCAACGGAUGUGCCGUACCGCCCUCCGGACGAGGAGUUCUUCGACUACUACUACCCUUGGCUCGCGCCGGAGGUGCUGACGGGCCACCGACCCACCAUGCUGGCUGACCUGUACCAGUUCGCCGCUGUGCUCUGGGAAGUGUGCACGGGGGAAGGUCCAUGGGGCUCUGCGGAUCGUGCUGCGGUUGAGAGCGCCCUGGCAGAAGAGCGCCGUGGACUGUCCCGCCGGCCGGAGAUUCCUCCUUCUCUGGACACUUUGGUGGACGCCGCCCUGUCGCUGGACCCCGCCGACAGGGACGUCAGCUUGGAGGAUGUCUACCACGCGCUGGCCGCUAUCGUCAAGGAGGGUCAGGGCACCGUGGGACUCGUGGUGAGCCGAAUGGAGCAGGCGAGCAACGCGGCCCGUGUCCGGUCGACCAGGUCGGUGCCGUCGCGCCGGGCGUCGUCCACCGUCGCCCACAGGCCGGCUGCGCACAGGCGGCGUGCUGCGUCUACUGUGAUGGACGACGUGUCAGAGGCCCUGGACGAGCUCAUCACCCUGACCGACGAGGCUCCCGCGUACCGGUCGCCGCCUCCGCGGCGGGUCAGGCCGUCGGUGCUGCCACGUGGGAGCCUGAAUACCCACGUGGACCUGCUGGGAAGCAAGUUCGACCAGAUGUCGCUCUCGUCGAGCAUUGACCCCAUGGAGUUCACCAGGGACACGCCCAGGGCGCCCGCCUUCUCGCCCAGGACAGCAGAGAAGCCGUUGUUUGAGGCUUGCACGCAGACGGACCCGGAGUCGCCGCCCCCGGUGCUGCGACCCCGCACCGGCGCCUUUGUGCCUUACGAGGCCGGCAGCGUUUGCCAGUCAUCGCGCGUGACGGACAGCCUGCUGCUUCAAGAGGGGACCGCCAAGACUUCGGCGUCUCGGGUCGACCGCCAAGUGGCCGUGCAGCAGCAUCAGAGCGUGAACGGCAGCGUACGGCGCACGGUUCGACCCUGCAAGCCGGCCAGCCACUCGUACGGAUUGUCGCCGUUUGCGCAGAGAAGCCGGCUCAACGCCACCGCCACCAAGCAGCAGCAGCGAACCGUCACGGACUCGUCGGGCAUUGACAGCGCCAGGGUCAUCGAGCUCUCCGGCCAGCAGCAGCAGCAGCAGACGUGGCACGCGCGUGGUGACGUCGUCGAAUCUCACCGACAGCACAGCACGAUGCCCUCCAGGGGCACUAGCGUCUGCCGCACGGAUGCCGCCAUUCUGGAGGACCUCGAGCAGGGCGAGCAGUACUACCGGCAACCGGUGUGGCGCUUGCUGUCACGACGGGUCCGCAAGGUAGACUGGCGCACACACUGCUACGACGAUCUGUUCCCGCCCGGGAAUCAGAAGGAGCUGGUGGGCCGGUCCGCGCACGCCGAGGCUUCGACGAUGGCCGGAAAGCGUGACGACGACGUCACCAGGGGCGUGGUGGCCGACUACUCCCUACCACCUAACCUGGCGAUGAUUGGAGAAGACGGAGACGUCACCGACAGCGAGGUCAAGUCUGUGCAGACUGAGCCCAACCACUCGUACAAGGUCGAGGUUGUGACCCAGACGUGCCCGGUGAUCCAGCACACACUCACGGUGACCAGCACCAACCUGCUGACUGGCGAGAUCACCGUCAGCGAGGGGUGCACCGGUGCCGAGGCGGUGCAGGUCCAGUGGAACCCCGAGCAGAUUAGCAUCACUACUCCUGACACCAGCCUCAACUCUUCGGCGGGUGCCGCCUCUUUCACUACUGCUGUUCCACCGACGUCGAAAGACUAGCCGGCGCGUGCCUUGUGCUUUGACAAUAAACCGCCCG